UUGUGUCCCCCACUCUGGAGGAGCUGUGUCUGAUCAGUCCUCUGUCUCGCUGGGAAGCUCUGGCACAACCCACUCCCUACCUUCUUCAAUCUCAGUAUUCAUCUCCAAGUCCUCAGCUUUUUUAGGCUUGCCUUUGGGGAGCAGAGUGGGUGUAAGGACUCACUCAGAGGUGGGUUUUGCUCUUAGAACCCCCAUACCAUUACCACCUGCACUGAACUAUGUGUUUUAAAGGAGACCAGUGAACAGGUCCUCUUAACCUAACUGAACUUGGAAGUCUUAAGUGGCACGAUUUCAGGCUCUUAGAUUCUGUAUGUAACUGGUAUUAUGCCUCAGAUUCUUCUGUUUUCUCCCCAUUGUUAUUCUUCUGGAUAAAUUUAUUUAACUACUCCAUCUACCUCACCCAGAUGUAGAAGCUGUUCCAGGAGAUGGGAAGGACCUCACCUAGUUCAGUCUUGCUCUGGGACCUGGUGACUUCUCUUCUCCUUGACAUUAGUUGUUUUGGGUCUCUGGUGUGUACCUCAAAGGGGUACCAGCUCCACAGAUCAGUGACUGGGAUCUUGAGCCCUUGACACUUGUCUGUGAUUGAUAUUACUGUCUUAUCUGUCCUCUUUCUGUAGGCGUGCAUCUCUCAGUGUUCUCCCUGGAGUUUUAUCUUGGGCUGAUACCCAUUCUCCACUCCUCACACAGGCCCUCCAUGUCAUGUUCUUCCUCUUUCCCUCAGCCAGAGAUUAAAUCCAAUUCCUCUCCUCCCCUCGUGUGCUCCUGCCCAUUUCCAACAUGCUCCCCAAAUCAAACUUCUGGGUCUCAUACUCAUGUAGCUGCCACAGAGUGGAUGGCGGAGGUGGUGGGAGGGAACUGAGUGAGAUUGCAAGAGAUUGGCUUUGCCCUGCCGCUGGCCUCUGGCCUGGGACAUUGUGUUUAAUGAACAUCUGUUGAGCUGCAGACUUCCAAAUGAAGCAUGUACUCAGAAGAUGAGACAGGCACAGGUGCAGCUGCCCAGAGGUCUCACAGGUUCUCAGAGGUCUCUGCAAGCCCCUUGCCUCCCAUCAAGGUGGGCUAGACUUGGAACACUGAGGAUCCCAAGAGGUAAGGACAGGGCCUCAUGGUCCGAGACAUGGCCGACAUCCCUCUAGCCCGCCGCUGCCCCUCUUGACUCUGAGGGAAAGGAUGCUGAUCUCCACAGUGUCUCCCAAGAAAAAGAAUGUGAGCCAGCAAAAGGUGCAAGAAGAUGCAUCAGAGAACCAGAGAUCAGGGAUGCUCUGAUUUUAGUAAAGUAAGACUUGUGGGUUGGGCACUAGAACAACACAGUAAGCAGAGGGCAGAAUGGGGCAGGGCUAGAAGCCCAGUGAUGGAGUCUCCCUGGGUGUGUGCAGGAGAUGGAGCCCCUGGGCUUGGGUAAGAGGUGGUGAAGCUGGAACAAGUGCCCAAAGCACAUCUAGGACUGGCAAAUGGAUCUACCCUGCUCUGUAAGGGCCUGAGUCUGGUUCCUUUGGAAGGCAAUCCUUAGGCUGAGGCUGGCUCUAUGGGCCUGCCUGAGGCCCAGAACAGUCUUGUAAUAAAAAGAUCUUCCACCCCCAGAGUCUCUGACUGGUUUCAUAGCUUCCCCAGCAGGCAUCAAUCACUACAGGGCUGCAGACUACACACUUGGAAAGGCAAUCUCCUGGAGUCCAGCUUGCACAAAGACCGACACCUGUGCACUUCUCCUGUGUUCCAGAAUCUGGUCCCCAGAAAGCUCUGAGCAGGGAAAGGAUGAGCACCCCCUAAGCUGUCCAGGACACCUGGAAAGGGGAAAUGGAGACUCCAAAAAAGAAAAGUUUAGGCCUUUCCUCUGCUUGAAGCCAGAAGCAAAUCUUCCUCAGUGUGUGAAACAGGUGACAAGAAAUUCAGGGAAGAGAACAGUAUUUGAGCACCUACUAAGUGUAGAAACUGGGCCAGCACUUAGAGAGACAGAAUACACAUUGCCUGCCCUCAAGGAACUCUGUGACUUUUCUAGCUGGAAGAAGCACCAUGCCAGCAGGUAGAGCUUACUUACUAAGGGUGGAGCGCCCACCGCAGGAACGCUGGGCCUCGUGGCCCAGGCUGUGCUCAGGUAGGGGUGGGAUCACCUCUUGGAUCAGGAGGUGACACUGUGACAGGCAUUCUGGUGCAGAGCCUGCUCACAGCCACUCUGACCUUGCAGGAUGAUUCCACAGAUGUGAGGUCUGGCACACCCCAUGUGAGCCCGUAGUGCUUCAGAUGUAGGUGGAAGUGGGGAGAGCUUCCCAGCAGGUGGAGAGAGGACCUGGAUAGGACAGGCAACAACUGCUUAAGCCCCGUGGGGAAGGCGAGUAAAGAAGCAUCUGGCAGCAGUACCAAGCCGAAUCUGGUGAUUCUCCAAAGAACAGCUUCCUCGGGUGUUACAUGAGUUAAAUCCUUCCCAUGCAAAGGAGUGACAGCUGAACCCAGUUACCUAAGGCUGAUCGGAAGCAUCUUGCUGGGUGCAGAAGUCCCUCGGCCCCUCCAUCUAGGCUCCUGUGGCUGGGAGGGGCUGGGCAAGCAGGCCAGCUGGGCUAUGGUUUGGUCCCGAAACCUGGCCAUCCUCAGCCUGAUCAUCGGCCAGGGGGCUGACGGUCGAAGGAAGCCUGAGGUGGUCUCUGUGGUGGGCCGUGCCGGGGAGAGUGCAGUGCUAAGCUGUGACCUGCUACCCCCGGCUGGCCACCCCCCUCUGCAUGUCAUCGAGUGGCUGCGCUUUGGAUUCCUGCUUCCCAUCUUCAUCCAGUUUGGCCUGUAUUCUCCCCGAGUUGACCCUGAUUACGUGGGACGAGUCCAGCUGCAGACGGGAGCAUCUCUGCAAAUCGAGGGGCUCCGGGUAGAAGACCAGGGCUGGUACGAGUGCCGUGUGCUCUUCUUGGACCGGCACAGCCCAGAAGAGGACUUUGCCAACGGCUCCUGGGUGCAUCUGACAGUCAAUUCCCCGCCUCAGUUCCAGGAGACACCUCCCCCAGUACUUGAAGUGCGAGAACUGGAGCCAGUCACCCUGCGCUGUGUGGCCCGCGGCAGCCCCCAGCCUCGCGUCACCUGGAAGCUCUGGGGACAGGACCUUGGCCGGGGCCAGGGUCAGGUGCAAGCACAGAACGGGACGCUGUGGAUCCGGCGGGUGGAGCGAGGCAAUUCUGGAGUCUACACCUGCCAAGCCUCCAGCACUGAGGGCAGCACCACCCACGCCACCCAGCUGCUGGUGCUAGGGCCCCCCAUCAUUGUGGUGCCCCCCAAGAACAGCACGGUCAAUGUGUCCCAGGAUGUCUUGUUGGCCUGUAGGGCUGAGGCGUACCCCACUAACCUCACCUACAGCUGGUUCCAGGAUGGAAUCAAUGUCUUCCACAUUAGCCGCCUGCAGUCCCGGGUGCGGAUCCUGGUGGAUGGGAGCUUGCGGCUGCAGGCUACCCAGCCGGAUGAUGCUGGCCGCUACACCUGUGUGCCCAGCAAUGGCUUCGCGCACCCUCCCUCAGCCUCUGCCUACCUCACUGUGCUCUACCCAGCCCAGGUGACAGCAAUGCCUCCUGAGACCCCCCUACCCAUUGGCAUGCAGGGGGUGAUCCGGUGCCCUGUUCGUGCCAACCCCCCACUCCUCUUUGUUACCUGGACCAAGGAUGGGCAGGCUCUGCAGCUGGACAAGCUCCCUGGCUGGUCCCAGGGCCCAGAAGGCUCACUGAUCAUCGCCCUGGGGAAUGAAGAUGCCCUAGGAGAAUACUCCUGUACCCCCUACAACAGCCUUGGUACUGCUGGGCCCUCCCCUGUGACACGAGUGCUGCUCAAGGUUCCCCCAGCCUUUAUAGAAAGGCCCAAAGAAGAAUACUUCCAAGAAGUAGGACGGGAGCUGCUCAUCCCCUGUGCCGCUCAAGGAGACCCUCCUCCCACUCUCUCCUGGGCCAAGGUGGGCCGUGGGCUGCGGGUCCAGGCCCAGGUGGACAGCAACAGCAGCCUCAUCCUGCGGCCACUGACCAAGGAGGCCCACGGGCGCUGGGAAUGCAGUGCCAGCAAUGCUGUUGCCCAGGUGGCCACCUCCACGAAUGUCUACGUGCUGGGCACCAGCCCCCAUGCAGUCACCAAUGUGUCCGUGGUGCCUUUGCCAAAGGGUGCCAAUGUCUCGUGGGAACCUGGCUUUGAUGGUGGCUAUCUGCAGAGAUUCAGUGUGUGGUACACCCCAUUGGCCAAGCGUCCCGACCGAGCCCACCAUGACUGGGUGUCCCUGGCAGUGCCUAUAGGGGCUGCGCACCUCCUCGUGCCAGGGCUGCAGCCCCACACACAGUACCAGUUCAGCGUCCUAGCUCAGAACAAGCUGGGGAGUGGUCCCUUUAGCGAGAUCAUCUUGGCUGCCCCGGAAGCACUUCCUACCACACCAGCUGUACCCAGCCUGCCACCGACGGAGACACUACCUCUCCUGUCCCCUCCUCGGGGUCUGGUGGCAGUGAGAACACCCCGGGGGGUACUCUUGCAUUGGGAGCCACCAGAACUGGUCCCUAAGAGACUGGAUGGCUACGUUCUGGAAGGACGCCAAGGUUCCCAGGGCUGGGAGGUGCUAGAUCCAGCUGUGGCUGGCACAGAAACGCAGCUGUUGGUGCCGGGCCUCAUCAAGGAUGUUCUCUAUGAGUUCCGCCUGGUUGCCGUUGCGGGGAGCUAUGUCAGCGAAGCCAGCAACACGGCCAACAUCUCCACUUCCGGCCUGGAGGUCUACCCAUCACGCACACAGCUGCCAGGCCUGCUGCCUCAGCCUGUGCUGGCAGGCGUGGUGGGCGGUGUCUGCUUCCUGGGUGUAGCGGUCCUCGUGAGCAUCCUGGCGGCCUGCCUCAUGAACAGGCGAAGGGCUGCGCGACGCCGGCGCAAGCGCCUCCGCCAGGAUCCACCUCUGAUCUUCUCCCCACCAAGGAAGUCUGGCCCACACUCUGCUCCGGGUUCGGGCAGCCCCGACAGCGUGGCCAAACUGAAACUCCAGGGCUCCCCAGUCCCCAGCCUGCGCCAGAGUCUGCUUUGGGGGGAACCUGUUCGUCCCCCCAGCCCCCAUCCGGAUCCUCCAUCUAACCGGGGACCUUUACCCCUGGAGCCUAUUUGCCGAGGCCCAGAUGGGCGCUUUGUGAUGGGACCCACUGUGGGGGCCUCCCAAGAGAGGUCAAGCCUGGAGCGGGUGGAACUUCAAGCCCCAUCCCAACGUCCGGCCCGGUCCUUUGACUGUAGCAGCAGCAGCCCCAGUGGGGCACCCCAGCCCCUCUGCAUUCCGGACAUCAGCCCCGUUGGGCCUCCUCCAGCAGUGCCACCCAGUCCCCUACCAGGUCCAGGACCCCUGCUCCAAUACCUGAGCCUACCCUUCUUCCGGGAGAUGAAUGUGGAUGGCGACUGGCCCCCUCUUGAGGAGCCAAUCCCGGCUCAACCCCCAGAUUACAUGGAUACCAGGCCCUGCCCCACUUCAUCUUUCCUCGGUCACCCUGACUCCCUGCCUGUGUCUCCCAGGGCAGCCCUUCCUGGGGCCAUGGUAGGGGCUGGGGCCACCUCAGAAUCCCCUUACACAGCCCUGGCUGACUGGACGCUGAGGGAACGGCUGCUGCCAGCCCUUCUUCCUGCUGCUCCCCGGGGCAGCCUCACAAGCCAGAGCAGUGGCCGAGGCAGUGCUUCCUUCCUGCGGCCCCCAUCCACAGCCCCCUCUGCAGGGGGCAGCUACCUCAGCCCAGCGCCAGGAGACACCAGCAGCUGGGCCAGUGGCCCUGAGAGGUGGCCCCGAAGGGAGCAUGUGGUGACAGUCAGCAAGAGGAGGAACACAUCUGUGGAUGAGAACUACGAAUGGGACUCGGAAUUCCCUGGGGACCUGGAAUUGCUGGAGAAUCUGCACCUGGGCUUGGCGAGUUCUCGGAUCCGAACUGAAGCUGAGCCAGAGCUAGGUGUGAAGACUCCAGAGGAGAGCUGCCUCCUGAGCACUGUCCAUGCUCCUGGCCCCGAGGCCCGCUGUGCUGCGCUUCGGGAGGAGUUCCUGGCCUUCCGCCGCCGCCGCGAUGCUACCCGAGCCCGGUUACCAGCCUAUCGACAGCCAGUCCUCCAUCCUGAACAGGCCACGCUGCUGUGAAAAUCCCAAAUGUGAAGCUGGGUGGACCUGCACAAGGCCUAUGGACCUGUAAAGGAGGCCCCCAGCAAGACCUGGCUGCAACCUGGGGCACUGUCCUGUGCCCCUUGGUGCCUAGGCACAGACCCUGAUGGUGGGCUUGGGUGAGCUUGGUAUGGGAUGUAUGUGCUGAGCCCCUAGGUGAGUCUGGAGUCUGGGAAUUGGAACAGAGAUUUUGGACUGCUCGUGUGUGUGUGUGUGUGUGUGUGUGUGUGUGUGGUGAGUCAAGUUUUUUACAGGUAAAUAAA